AUGGCCCAAACACUCAAGACUUGGUUAAUUACCGGAUGCUCUAGUGGUUUCGGUGCUAUAUUUGUCCGCCAACUUCGCGAACAAGGAGACAAUGUCAUUGCCACUGGUCGCGAUGCCGAGAAAAGACUUGCUCAUCUCAAAGAUACUGGGGCGACAAUCUUGGACCUCGACGUGACAGCGCCACCAGACGUUAUUAAGGCUAAGAUGGCUGAUGCCUGGAAUUUGUAUCCAUCCGGUAUUGAUGUAGUGGUGCAUAAUGCCGGCUAUAUUCUAAGCAGCGCCAUCGAAGAAUUGACACAAGAAGAUAUGGAAAAUAUCUUCAAGACUAAUUUCCACGGUCCACUGAACAUUACUCGCGCACUUCUGCCUCAAAUGCGAGCUAGGGGAACAGGCACGCUUCUAUAUAUGAGCUCACAAGCAGCGUGGCAUGCUGAUCCCAGCGCUGCUGGAUAUUGCUCAUCUAAAUUUGCCCUCGGAGGUGCGAUCGAAUGUCUUGCUAAAGAACUUGCCAUUAUUGCCCCAGGAUUGAAGUUGUUGAUUGUCGAGCCUGGCUAUUUCCGCACGAGUGCCUUUAAGAAUAUAAGGAAUGUAGGCCCACGUCAGCAAGACUACGCCGGCUUCAAUACUGCUGUGAGGGCUGUGGAAGCUGGCAUAAUCGGCAACGAGCCGGGGGAUCCUUCCAAGGCAGUUUCAAUCAUGAUUGAUUUGGUAAAAGGCACUGGCGUGGCGGCUGGUAGGACUGUACCACUUCGGGUUCCUUUAGGGACGGAUGGCUGGGAAAGGAUCAGGGCCAAAUGUGCGGAUAUGUUGAAGGUUUGUGAUGAAUGGGAGGAAGUGGCUAAGAGUACGGAUCUGAAAUAG